AUUGGAAGGUGGUCAGGUGAAGGUCGCUGAGGUUGGGAAACUUGGCAGAGAGGCCGAAAACCUGCCGCUGAGACCGCAAAUGUGCCACUCGUACGGCCUCACCGAAACCACCUUCACCGUUUUGGCCGGCGAAAGUCGCGCGGACAAACCUGGCUCACCAGGAAAAGUCUGCAGAGGAUUUUCCUGCAAGGUGGUGGAUCCGUCGAGCGGCGAACGCCUCUCGGCAAACCAAACCGGAGAGCUGCUGGUCAAGUCGGACUCGGUGAUGCUGGGCUACGUGAACAACCCUGCGGCCAGCGCCGAGGCCUUCCGCGACGGCUGGCUGCGCACCGGCGACCUGUGCUUCUUCGACCCCGAAGGCUACUUCUUCGUGGUCGACCGAAUCAAAGACGUCAUCAAGUUCAACUCGCACCAGAUUUCGCCCGCCGAGCUCGAGGGCGUCGUUGCCAGGGUGGCGGGGGUGCUGGACGUGGCCGUGGUCGGCGUCCCGCACCCCAGCCACGGUGAGACGCCGCACGCCCUCGUCGUCAGGCAGGACCACAGCGACCUGACCGAGGCCAAGGUCAUGCAAGCCGUCUCAGAGAGUGUCAGCGCGUACAAACAACUGCACUGCGUCACUUUUGUCAACCAACUGCCGAAAACGCUGAGCGGGAAGAUCCAGAGGAAGAAGGCGCUGGCCCUGAUCUACCCGGCCAGGGACAGAAUCCCCAGCGCUCUGGACACACCGCAAAAGUCUGCCCAACAUCCCUCGGAAGACAACUCAUAA